AUGGAUGCAACCGAUCUGGAGGGCGACCAGCAUGUAGACCUGAAGGGCGGAGCCGCUCUGGCAGACGGGCAGGAGGAUAACCUGGAGACCAGCGAUUCUACAUGCGGGGCAAGAAGUCCGGGGGACAUUGUGAUCGGAGUGUUAAGCCCCUGUCACACUAAGGUGGAGUCCCUGCAGGAACGGAUCCGGCCAGAGAGAUUCAAGUGCACAGAGUUUGAUUUAAGAUCAUUUGUGCAGGCCUUGGCUGUUAUCUACACUAUUGAUACCAUCAACGACUCUGGCUUUCUGCCCGGCAUUCGUCUCGGCUAUAUUAUCUGUGACACAUGCUCCCACGCCCUAAAAGCCAUCCAAAGUACUCUCCAUAUGUUGACUUUCAACAGCACCCUACCAAUUUGUGAUUUCGAAGGACCAUUGGUUAAGGCCAUCAUUGGGGCACGAUACUCAGAAGUAUCCAGUGCUGUGGCCAGGGUUCUGGGUCUCUAUAUGGUCCCUCAGAUAAGCACCACAUCAUCUGUAACAACUCUUGAUGAUAAAUUACGCUUUCCAUCCUUCUUGCGCACUAUACCGAGUGAUGGACAUCAGACUCGUGCCUUGGCUCAGAUAAUGGUUCACUUUAACUGGGACUGGGUGGGUGUGGUAUCAGGAGAUGACAGCUAUGGCAGAGCUGCUCUCCAGGGUUUCCUAAAAGAUGCUGAAGAUGUGCAAGUGUGCAUUGCCUUUAAUGAGGUCCUUCCUCAUUACCUGGACCACGCUGAAAUCAAGCAGCGGAUCCAUGAGGUGGCGGAUCGUAUCCAGUCCUCUAAUGCCCGUGUGGUCCUGCUUGUUCUGAGAGCGGAGCUUGUUGAACAGCUCUUUGAGGUGAUGAUUGAGAGGGGAAUCUCCAGGACCUGGAUUGCCUCUGAUUCCUGGUCCAUGUCUCGACCUCUGGCUUUAAUGAAAGGGAUCAACGUGGUUGGAGACAUCUUUGGAAUCAGCUUCAUCACAGGUCAGAACCCAGGGUUCGACAGUUUCCUUGCAAAUCUGACACAAGGUCCAGGGGCUGUGAACAGGUUCAUUGAUGAGUACAAAGAUUUAAGGUUUGGGUGUUCUCCAGAACUUCCUGACCCCCAAAAUGCAAAUGAUGAUUUUCUGACACAUGCGACUGAUUUAAGUUUGACAUAUUCUGAGAAAGUGGCUACAUGGGCCAUUGCAUAUGCCCUACGAGAUCUUCUCAAAUGCAACCAGACGCACUGUCCAGGAGAAAGAGACUUCCCACCUUGGAAACUUCUCCAGGAGCUGAAGAGGGUUCGUUUCACUCUUGACAACCGGGAGUUUUUCUUCGAUGACAAUGGAAACUUUGCAAAUGGUUAUCAUUUGACUCACUGGGUGAAGAGAGGACAAAAGAGGCAUAUUGAGGUUAUUGGAGACCAGUGUGAAGAAGGAACCUAUACCAAUGUUUCAAAUCUUCCCAACUGUCUGAAAUGUCCAAAUGGAACCUGGUCUUUAAGAGGCUGGAGUAAAUGUAGGCAACAGACUGAAGUCUACUUCAACUGGAACGAUCCCUUUGCUAUUUCCUUGCUUGUUGUUACUGGCAUAGGGUUUCUGCUGCUACUUUGUGUGCUUAUCAUUUUUCUGAUCGGGCGUCACAGCAUUGUUUUUAAAGUGGCGGGCGGAAAACUCUGCUUUGUCAUAAUGGCUGGGCUAACAGUUAGCUUCGGUGGAGCCAUCUUGUUUGUUGGCAGGCCAAACGACUACAUUUGCAGAGCUCGUCAAACAAUGUACGGCCUUGGCUUCACGUUGUCUGUCUCUUGCAUCCUGGUCAAAACUUUCCGCACAUUCCUUGCAUUCCUAAUGGACGGAAAUCAGCAGCACAGUCUACACAAACUGUACAACCCUACAGCCAUCAUCAUCUGUUGUACAGCCAUCCAAGGGCUCAUUUGCCUCUUCUGGUUGAUCUUUGAUUCCCCGAAGGUUGAGAAGUCCAUCUCGAGGCAAAGUAUGAACAUUGUGUUAAUUUGCAAUGAGGGAUCUAACUGGGGGUUUGGCAUCAUGCUAAGUUACAUUGCUGUGCUUGCUGCCAUUUGUUUCGUUCUUGCCCGGAAAGGUAGAAAGGUUCCCCAACGCUUCAAUGAAUCAGGGUACAUCAUCUUUAGCAUGGUCAUCUAUCUUUUUGUUUGGAUUUGUUUUACCCCUAUAUAUGUGACAAAAUUUAAACAGCGCUCGGCUGUCCAGGCUUCUGCUAUUGUUGUCUCCAACUUUGGCAUAAUUUGUUGCCAUUUUUUAUCCAAGUGCUACAUGAUCCUCUGCAAGAACAAGGAAGAUAUAAGCCGGAAGGCCUAUAUGAACAGGGAGCAACUGCAGUGA